AUGCUUGCCGAGAAUAUUAACAUGGUUUCGAAGGUGAUUACUUUCUUUUUUCCCUAUGAUUCCAAAGUGGACGGUGAGUUCUUUAAAGUUGCAAAGUUACUGAAGAAGAUCUUCAGAAUAUGAGUACACGGAAUGGUAUCCGGGGGAUCCUAGAGACUUCUCUGAAGGUCAUCCUCAUGGUCACGAGGUGUGGGGACACGGCCAGAGUGGUUGGUGGGAGAAGGAUGCGAGCGGAUGGCACUGGUACUGGGAAGAUGACGAUUCGACGCCCCGUUCGACCCAAAAACCUUCCGUCAUUGCCACUACCAGAUCUCCUCUGGCUACUGUAAGUCCGCACAACACUCCAUUAUCACUCAUAUUCAUUUCACAUUUCAGUCCUCAACUCCAUCUGAAAUUCACGAAGCCUACUCCGACUCGCUCCUUUCCGUCGUCCUUGGUUUUUACGCUUUGCUCCUUGUGGCCGCAUUCGCCAGCAACAUUCUUCUGGCAAAUGUGAUUAAGAAGUACCGCUGGGUGAGCUCGAGUCGCUUUGUUAGUCACGCAAACACAUUCCAAUUUCAGGGAAUGAAAAUGGCACUGCUAUUCCAUUUAUGCGUGACUGGAGCCCUGUUAUGUAUCAGCAAUACUUUGCACAUGCUCGCCAGCGGAUAUCAUUUAUUGAAAAGACAAAAGGUGGGGGGAAAUGCUCGGUGUAUAGUGAGGAGAGCAGGUGAAAGUGGUAAUUGGGUGGAAAUGAGUUCGAGUUGUCCAUGAUCUUUGAUCGAUGUAGUCUCGUUUUGCAGAACUCUUCCGUUGUCCUUCAAAUAUUCGCUAUUGUUGCCUGGAUAGAUCAUUUCAUCGGCUUCGCCCUUCUCAUUUUCGUAAUGUACUUGGCCAUCUUCUGUUUCAAAUUCUACUGGAAUAACAAGACGCGAAGUGUCGAAUGGGGUCGUUCUUAUGUCCUUUAUGCACUCGUUUCCACGUGGAUCAUCGCUUUUCUCUUGGCCGGAUUCACCGCUUUCUUCCAGUGUGAUUCCCACAUCAACCAGCAGGACCAGUGCAUCAAGAUUGUUUGCGCCGUGUCCAACAUCUUCUCGUCCAUCUUCACGGAGCUUCUGACGCGUGUGCGAAUCGUCAUUCCUAUCGUUAUCAUCUUUCUGAUUCUUCUGUCCGUUCGUGUUGGCUCUUCACAUGUUCGGAGAGAGAGUAUGGUCAAAGUGGAGGGAGCAGACAUUCAUGGAGAUCGGGAGCUCCUUCUCAUGUGUUCACUGGUGUUCGGAAUUUAUGAGGUAAGACUUCUGACUAACUGCUUGUUUUGCUGACAAUCAGUUGAAUUAUGAAUAACACUCUCUAGUUUUUUUUUAUUUUCCAGCUGUCAAUAAUAGUCCCCCAACUGCUCAUUUACUUCUGCAUCUCCCCGCUUAUCUCUGUCGGAGCAUGGCACUUCGGAGUUCUCUUUUCCACUUUGGCCACUCCGAUUGCUGUUCUUUCUAUUAGCCGGAACACUCGGGACAGGAUGUGGUUGCUGUACACUUUCUCUCGAAAAGGGAAAAAUGCCCCGCAAGGAAGCUAUGCGCACACCGCCAAGAAGUAUCACGAGAGUGUUGAGGCCGGCAAGAACAGGAGACCGUCGGGCGUGUCCAUGUUCUCUCAGGAACUCUCUUCGAGUUCGUUCGAGAAACAACACCAACGCAAGCUCUCCAUGAUAAUGGAAGAGCCCAGUAAGGCCGCGGCCUCUGCUUCCUCGGCAAUUGUGCCAGUCGAAACAGUUCCGAAUCAACAGUUCAAACCACCGGCGGCACUUUCCCUCUUCUCAAGAACUCCGAAGCUUACGAACGUUGUCAGGUGAGCCACUUCUAGUCGGGAUCAUGUUCUGAAUUCGUUCUUUGAAGAGUUCAAUCAGCCGACCAAGCCGUCCGUCAUACAAAUGAAUACGAUCACUCGAAGCGUCGGAUGUCCCACCACGACAUGCCUCAAGUCGGCGACACGGAUCGACUCGCCACUCUUGUCAACUCAAAAACGCAGAGAUUCAGUCUGGGAAACAGCCGUCCGACAGUCAAUAUGCACCUUCCCAAUCAUAUAUUCGUGCAUCACAUCCAUCAUGAGAACAAGAUUCGGCCGAUGGAGUUAGCUGUGAAUCCCCAUGUAACUUUGGUUGAGUAA